GCACAUAUACACUUACUAGUGCCCCGCCUUUUCCAUCCAACCAGCCAGGUUGGGUGUGUUAGGCACUCCGGCACAGCGUUAAUGUAGAUACCUACCAGGUACUAGGUACGUCGUACUGGCGACAAGGCUCCAUCCCGUCUAGGUUGUACCUGUCAACCUAACUUGGGUACAAUGUACCUAGGAGUUAGCAGGCUCGGAUGCGGACAGCAAAAAUUCCGCUUUUAGCCCUAACGCCCACACAACAUUCAACUUCCGAACCUCCCACCACUGAUAUGCGCGACUGAAGAAAAGUUCACGCCCAGGACAAUCGAAGGUAGGAGGAUUUGAGUCGACACCACAACGUCUUAUCUACCUACCCCCGGUUAAUACCAACUCGACCGUCACAAUGGGCGACGCAAAUAUCGAAUCACCCGAAUGGCGCCGGGUCGAGGUCGGUCGCAUCGUCCUCGUCCAAGGCAACAACCCUUUCGCCGGCAGGCUCGCUGCCAUCGUCGAGAUCAUUGACCACAAGCGCGCUCUGGUCGACGGACCUUCCGCAGAUCCCAAGCUUGUCGUCCCGCGACAAGCCAUCUCCUUCACCGACGUGCUGCUGUCCGACCUCAAGAUCCAGAAGCUGCCGCGAGCCAUCCGAACAGGAGCCCUGAAGGCGGCGUGGGAGAAGGCCGAGAUCGACGCCAAGUGGAAGGAGAGCAAGUGGGCCAAGCGAAAGGACCAGAACGAGCGGAGACGCGCGCUCACCGACUUCGACCGGUUCAAGGUCAUGCGACUCAAGAAGCAACGACGAUUCGAGGAGCAAAAGGCCCUGGCCAAGGUCAAGGCGUCUGCGUGAGCGGAGAAACCGAGAGGUUGAGGGAUGUGAUUCACACGGAGGGUUCUGAGGAGACGGUGUUCGGCUAGGGUGGAGGGUAGCAAGUCUACGGAUCUGGUCCGCGCGGACAUCACCAACAAACAAACAACAUCAACACAUUGGCAUGGGGUUACUGGUUUCUUCUGCUUCGUCUGGCAAAGACCUGUACGUCACUCGUAAAAUCUCAAUGAGGUGACAGGCGUCAAUGAUACGGAAUUUCACAAUGGCCCAGGCUGUCUGUCGGCUUAGGGCUAUCUGCGUAGAAUCCGGUGUCUCGCCCUGUCGCCAAUUCGGACGGCCUACCGUGCGCGGUUGUGCUUGUGCGAGUGCUGCCUAUGUAGAAUAUUAUACCUACCUACGUAGGUAUCCGCAGGCUGUCGAGAUUCCUCCACCAAAAAUAGAACUUUUUUUUUUAAAUCCGAAAGACGGCUCCCUGUCCCAAGUGCGUGUGUCCGCGGGUAGACUUGGCUGUAUCUCCAUCCCCAGCGAUGCUGUCACUUCUUCGGCAGGUAGCCGAUGAGGAACGAGCGGAACUCCGUCAUAUGCCUGCUUAGCUAAUCGAAGUCGUCAAAAAAGGAGGUAGCACGGAAGGGACUGAGUAGGUAGGAAUGUAACCCGGGCCUGGCUCAGGCUAUAUAU